UUUAAAUCAUGUAUUUAUUUCUACCAAAUAAAUUAUUCCUUUAUUUAUUUUUAAUUAAACGAGGAACUACAAUUUAUCAGAGAUCAGAGAUUUAGACAAGGAAGCUACAUGCCACUCUUGUGUGCAAUUCCAUUUUAUGGAAUCUACCAAACAAACAGGAAACUAGAAAUUUUCAAACAGGAAAUCGAAAAUUUCUAGAAUCGAGCAGCACCUUCAGGUUUUCAGCGAAAGCUGGUCAGGCUUGGAUGUAAGCUUAAAAAAAGAAUGCAUUUCAUCGCAGCGGGUUAAGGUUGUGUGCUCUUCAAGAACGUCAUGUUGCAAGUUCAAGCCACAGUAUUUUUUAUUUAUUUUUUUCUUCCCCCUGCGAUAUGUGCUGUUUUAAAACAUAAAUAAUUUGUUUAAUAUAAAUAGUGUAUAUUUAUAUAUGAAAUGAAAUUAAAUAUGAAACUGCUUGCAUACCCUGGUUUGUUUUGACAUUGACCAACAGGUGGAAUCACAUGAUUGGUAGAUGUCCAGUUAUUUAGCUUUUCUGUUUGAACAGUCGCUACACACCCUUAAAAAGUAGACGGAAGCGGAAGAAGAAGAAUUUUACCUUAGUUUGAUGACUUAUAUCUCAUUGUGUGUAAGAGGUAUGUACGUUUUUUUUCACAUUUGAGGUAAGAAAGUUUCAGACUUUUAAUACUGGUACAGAUGGUAAUUCUAAGCGAUUUAGUUUUGUCGCUGCAACAUGGUAAAAACAGCUAAACUCUUUGAGCUGUAUAGAGACUCUCAGUAGUUUCAAAAGACUCUCAAUAGUUUCAAACAAGUUUUUCUAACUUGUACGAGGAACUACUGUUCCUCUCAAUACAUGUUAAACACUGACACUCGGUGGUGGUUCUUGGAACUGCAAUGAAAUAAUUCAGGAAAAGCAUUGCCAAUUGUAGUUUAAUUUUUCAAUGGGUGGUUCUAAUUACAAUAAGAUAUGUGUUUGUGCUGAGACAAAGGGAGGAUUUUACACUGUAUGUUUCAAUAGAGAUCUUGCAAAUAAAUAAUCAUACUUAUUAUGAUGAAACAGAUCGUUGAAAUAAAAGAAGCAAACAUUUCUUCUCUCACACAGACUGCAUCAUGUAGGCAGACAUCACCCGGUGAAGAUGAAAAGUCAAGGUUGAAAUUAAAUCAGAUGUUAUCAAAAGAAUUAAUACUGCACUUGAUUUUCUUCUAGGUGCUGAAAUGAGGUGAUUCUGAUUUUGAUGAAGAUUCAAAUGUAGGGACGGGUGAAGACAACAAUGAAACAUUCAGCUGAUGAUCAUAUACAGAAUCUCUUUCACUCAAAGAACAGAACUGACCAUUGAAAUUGUUGUUCUGUUAAAGAACAAAUAGACUAUGAGAUCACCUUUCAUGGACAUACAUUUUUUUAAAUAAUGGGAUAUUUAAAUGAUAUACUGUAUCAUUGAAUAUGUCUGGAAUGAAUGAAAGAAAAUGUAUGUUAAUGUUAUUUGUAACAAUGGGUUAGUAAUACAAAUAUUAUGUAAAAUGAUUGCUUUUGUGGGGUAUUGUAAAGCAUAUCACAAGAUGUAAUGGGGUUUGCAUAAUUAAGGAGAAAAGGGGUAAUUGUUUACUAAUGUUGCAGAUAGAUAGUUAAGCAUUCAUACACUAUUUUAGUACUUAUUCAAUGUAGAGAUCAUUUUUUAAGUUAGUUUAAAUCAAUCUGAUGUGAACAUAAGGUUGAUAUGGUUUGGAAUAUGGAUUCUGGAAAAUGAUUUUUACAUACACAAAUGUUAAAGUACUGUUUUACUACAAAUGUGAAAAAUUGUAAGAAAUCAAAUCUAUUUUUGUGUUACACCUGUUAAACAUCUGUACAUGGAAAAUAUGUUUUUUCCCUCUAUGCCAAAGAGAAUGAUGAUUCAUGCUGCUGAUGCCUAUGAUUUCAAUAAGUUUCAAGUAAAUCCUUUCCAGAAAUUACAGAUAGAUUGAAACAACUACUGAGAGAGGAAGAAAUGCAGGUUAAAGUGGACGCUCAUCAAGACAAAAUUGAUGAAUUCAUACAUGAAGGAAAUUUGGAAUUUCUGUACAAGAAUACAUACUAGGAUUAUCUGUUUAAGGGAGCAGUAACCUUGAGUUUAACUAUUUUUGUAAUAACACUGAUGAUGUUUAUCUAUCUUUUUCGUAUGAGUCACUAGUAUUAUGGUGAAAUAAUUCAAAUUCACACAAAGAAACUUAUCUUAAUGAGUUGUUGAUUAUAUGAAUUAUUGAUUUAAUAACCCUAUCGAUGGCAGGUAUUCAAAGACGGGUAAGAUCUAGAAUGCAUCUAGACAACCCAAGACAGAAGCUUGUCGCUGGGAUUAAAUUCAAUCUUAAAUCAAUUCCUUAUAAAUCACUACUUUGGAUAAAGUUUGUAUUAUUUUGUAUCACUUAAGUAAUUGAAUAUGAACUAUUAUGUACUGUGUAUGAUGGUGAGAUACUCUCAUAUAUUUAGAGUAAGGGAGGAUUGUAAGGAAAUUUGAUAGUCCAUAUUCAUAUUGUUAGAAUAUUGUAUGUAUGGUACUUUCAGUGGAGAGACAUUGAGCACAGAGUUUAGGUGGGGUAUUUUGGAAUGCAGGGUCUGUCAAUACAUUGCAGAUUUGACUAGAGGGAAAACUAGAGCAAAUAUGACCAUUUAUGGGCAUUUGUGUAGGGGGUUUUACAGCUCUGCUCUGCUUGCUUGCAUGGGGGAUGGGAGAAUCUCAGAGAACAGAUGCAAAGGAAUGUUUGUGAGGCUUGGAGACUUGCCAUGUACAGAUAUAGUGAGGAGGGGUCAUAAAUGACAUCAUUAAAAGGGUCUGUUUUGGAAUCUACAAAACUGAAGUUAAUGCAUCGUGUGGUGCUCAGUUUUAUUUAUUUAUUUAUUUAUUUAUUAGCAGAUGCCCUUAUCCAGGGCGACUUACAAUUGUUACAAGAUAUUACAUUACACCGUGUAACAAAUUUUUUAUUUUUUUUUGUUCCUGGGUAGUAAGUGUUAUUUCCUAAUUGCUUAUGCCGCAAAAGUAUAGAAAAUGGCUAUUAUUCCCGACAAACUUUGCUUUUGUGACCAGGACAGUGAUAUUUUGAAAUUUACCUAUUUUCCAGAACAUUCCAGAUAGAUUCAGUGCUGAGUAAACUUGGAGUAACUUCUAGAACUUUCUAGAACUUUCCAGUAAUAUAAAUAGUAGUAUAAAUACAGGGGCCUUAAGCCCACCAGUUAAGUUUAGUUCCAGCUGCCUAAGUGGAUACAUAUCUGCAUUUUUCUGAGAUGGCAUCAAGAGGCUGCAAGCAUCCGGCAGACGCAUUUUGCUAUGUCUGCGGCCAAUUUAUCAAGACAAGAGCGAAAAAGUACUCAGUGGAAGCAUCUGCUAAGAUGUGUGAGGCCUACAAGGCAUAUUUCGGCAUGCCUGUCGGGGAUCAAGACAAACCCUGGGCACCUCAUUUCACCUGCGAGCACUGCAAAAAAACUCUGGAAGGCUCAAGCAGUGGAACUUGUUGGAUGAAAGUGCAAGUCGCAGAUCAGAGGAAGCGUCACCAACCUUUUUCCAGCUUCUUCACCCGUCAAGAUGGGCUCUGCUUCUGCCACAAUGUGACCAGUCUGUUCGAGGCAAUCGGAAUCGCCUGUAACCAGAAUGAGUGGCGCCUCUUCAUUGACAGCUCAUCCAGGAGCCUCAAAGCCGUGCUGCUCCAUAAUGGUAACAAGUACCCGUCUCUUCCCCUGGCUCACUCGGUGCACCUCAAAGAGGAUUACAACAGCAUCAAGACCUUGCUGGACGCCUUGAAGUAUGAUGAGUACGGCUGGGAGGUCAUAGGAGACUUCAAAAUAGUGGCAUUCCUGAUUGGUCUCCAAGGCGGUUUUACCAAGUUUCCCUGCUAUCUUUGCCUUUGGGACAGCAGGGACACCAAGGCGCACUACCACAGGCGGGACUGGCCACAGCGGACCGAGUUCUCUGUGGGGAGGAACAACGUCAAAUGGGAGCCACGGAAGGUGCUGAUGCCACCACUGCACAUCAAAUUGGGCCUUAUAAAACAAUUUGUCAGAGCUCUAGAUAAGGAGUCGGCAGCCUUCAAGUACCUUCAAGACUUCUUCCCUAAGCUGUCUGAGGCAAAGGUCAAAGCCGGUGUCUUCGUCGGACCACAGAUAAAGAAGAUCCUGGAGUGCAAUGAAUUCCCCAAGAAGCUCACUAGUAAGGAGAAAGUGGCUUGGAACAGCUUUGUCGCAGUGGUUCGGGGCUUCCUGGGCAAUCACAAGGCCGAAAACUAUCCGACAGCUCCCUCUUGUGGGGUUCUGGCCACCAAAUUUCCUGCAGCGAAAGUGAUGCAGGGGAAGGUGGUCUCCUGA